CGAUCGGCCUCACAUCCGCUUCCGGACCUUUAAUUCUUGUUUCUGUUUUGUCAGAGCAACAACAUCUCUUCCUCUCGAAUGAGCAGAAAAUCCGUCUCUCUCCUCUCUCUGGCCCACGCCUCAACGUCCCACCCGCGGCAAGAAUGGUGCGUAAAUAUAUCAGGAAGAGACCCAUUCCAGCAGAUCGGGAAGAAGCUAUAAAGAAAGCUCGUGCCAUGGUGGCUAAAGGCAAACCAGUCUCACAUGCUGCGGCAGCGACUAAUGUUCCGUAUGAGACACUUCGAAGACGAAUCAACGGUCUCAAUCAAACUGAACGAAUUGGCAGUGGACGGUUUGUUAGUGUGCUUUCGAUGACGGAGGAAAAAGAUAUCAUUGAUGCUCUCCUGCUGUCGUCAUCGCUUUUUGGCUGGACUUGUGGGACGAAGGAAAUUCAGACAAUGGUUAAGAAGUAUCUAGAUACAGCCGGCAGGAAAACCGUUUUUAAGAAUAACAUGCCGGGGAAAGACUGGAUGAUAACGUUCAAACGACGUUGGUCGCAGAAACUCGCAUCUGGCAAACCAGAUAUCUUGAUCAAGGCUGCCCAGAAGGACCUUUCUGCAGUUGCUCCUAAUUCAACUGAGGAAAACAAAAAAGCCUCACAGAAUUCAAAGAGGAAACGAAAAUGUGCUCAACCUUUGCGAAGUGAUGUCCUUACUAUAGAAGAUGAACCCGUGUGUUUACAGAUGGAAGCUGAGGAGAGGGAAGUAAAUAAAGACGAGAACAUUAAAAUACAAAAGAAGAUACAUAGGAAAUGUCAAAAACGGGAAUCUGUUUCCAGAGAAAACACAUCUGGUGACAAAGGGAAAGUAUCUGGAAACAAAGAAAAAAUAUCUAGUGACAAAGCAAAAUCAUCUGGAGUGAAAGAAAAAAUAUCUGGUGACAAAGAAAAGGCAUCUGGUGACAAAACAAAAACAUCUGGUAACAAAGCAAAAACAUCUGGUAACAAAGCAAAAGCAUCUGGUGUCAAAGCAAAAACAUCUGGUGUCAAAGCAAAAACAUCUGGUGUCAAAGCAAAAACAUCUGGUGUCAAAGCAAAAACAUCUGGUGUCAAAGCAAAAACAUCUGGUGUCAAAGCAAAAACAUCUGGUGGCAAAGAUAAAGCAUCUGGUGACAAAGAAAAAGCAUCUGGUGACAAGGAAAAAGCAUCUGGUGACAAGGAAACAGCAUCUGGUGACAAGGAAACAGCAUCUGGUGACAAAGAAAACGCAUCUGGUGACAAGGAAAACGCAUCUGGUGACAAGGAAAACACAUCUGGUGACAAGGAAAAAGCAUCUGGUGACAAAGAAAAAACAUCUGGUGACAAGACAAAAGCAUCUGGUGAUGAUAAAGAUGAGAACAAAGCCAAGUGAUCGAUUAUGAAUGAUUGUGGUAACUUAACAAAGGAAAGAAGGGUGAUCCCAAGGACACAUGUGACCUUUGUGAUGAAUACUGGUGCCCAAAAUGCCAGCCUAAAAUUAUUGACCUUAUGACUUCUUUUGUCUGAGUUGCUCCAAAUAAAUAUUGAAUGUUGAACUUUUA